GAUCAACUUUAGAGUUGUGGAAACUGCAAUUAACAACUUCUUACAAGUUGAUCCGCAAGGAAGUGCAAAACUAGUGAGAGUGCGCACCCUCCUCCCUGUGCAGUUUGGUGGAAAGACGAAAGCAGAGAUUGAUGCCGUUAUCCGCAAUACAGAGGAUCUCGUGGUUGCCCUUCGCUUUGGUAAAGCAGAUGAUCCAGUGUGUAUGCGGCUAGAUUAUAUUCUUAGCAAAGCAUCGCCAGAGCUCGCUAGAAUGGCAGUUAUACACACAGUUGAUAUCUCACAUGUUCCUGCAUAUGUCUCCUACUUCGACAUAACUCUUAUUCCAGCCACAAUCUUUUUCUUCAAUGCGCAGCAUAUCAAAGUUGACUAUGGUACGCCUGAUCAUACAAAGUUUAUCGGAACCUUUGUGAAUAAGCAGGAUUUUAUUGAUUUGAUCGAAGUUAUAUACAAAGGAGCAAUGAGAGGGAAACUGGUUGUAGUAAGUCCAAUUGAUAGAAGAAGAAUUACUCAAUAUGAGUUGGUGUAUAAGGAUAUUUAA